CAGGACAAAUAAAGAACACAGGGAUCGAGUUCAAGAAGUGCUUAAUCAGACUUCAGCAACUGAUCAAGCUUUGAAGGAGAGACAAUAUGGUCUGCGCUAUAGUGAACUACUUCAGCUAUCUUAUUUCGAUGCUGUUAGGUUCCACACUAUAGACCCCAUGCAUGCUUUAUUUAUGGGGACUGCCAAACACAUCAUGCAGAAAGUGUGGCUGGCUGAAGAACGUCCAGUCAUUAAGAAGGGAAAUCUAUCACAGAUCCAAAAAAAACUUGAUGAGUUAAGACCUCCAUCUAGUAUUGGUCGAAUGCCAUCAAAAAUAGAAAACUCCUAUGGUGGUUUCAGUGCUGACCAAUGGAAAUCAUGGACUUUGUUUUUUUCAAUAUAUGCCCUAUGGAACAUAUUACCACCAGCAGAUUUAGAACUGUGGCGAAACUUUGUCAUGGCAUGCAAGCAAUUUUGCUCACCUAUUUUAACACAGGGUAGGGCUGAACUUGGACACACAUACAUUUUGAAAUUCGGACAAGACUUUGAAAGGCUGUAUGGAAAAGAAAAGGUUACCCCAAACAUGCACCUUCAGACCCACAUUCUUGAUUGUGUUUUAGAUUAUGGACCAGUUUAUUCUUUUUGGCUCUUUAGCUUUGAAAGGUAUAAUGGCAUUAUAGGAGAAUACUGCACUAACCAACGAGCUGUGGAAAUUCAACUCAUGCGUAGAUUUACUUCUGAGCUCUAUGUCAGUGAUAUUAAGUUACCAAGUGAAUUCAAGGAAGCAUUCCAACCUCUUCUUAAUAGACUCAAUGGUCAACAGGUAGGCACCCUUUCUCGUCAGGAAGAGAAGCUUUCGAAAAAAGUAAUUGAUACAAGUCUUCUGGCUGUUGGUCCAGUUCGCCGGAGUGAUCAUUGGCCUGUUCUGGAAUCUGAUAUGUACCAGUUCCAUCCUCCCCAGUCAAAAUCAAGUGUGUCAAAGCAUCAAUUAGAUCAUCUCAAGGAGGCCUACCUUACCAUAUUUGCACAACUGGAUCCUGACUAGGUCACAAGGUUCUUUGACAGAUAUGCAUCAGUGUCAAUUGGAAGGGAACGUUUUGGUUCAGCUGAUUCUAGAGGGGAGCGUUCCUCAUUCAUAACUGCCAGAUGGUGUGGUUUCAGGGGACAGAUUGACAAGAGUGGUGUAGAUGUGCGUCCUGGGGUAGUACACUACUACAUGAGACAGAAUGUUACUGUAAAUGGAUCAAUCAGGUCAUGUUUGUUCGCAGCUGUACGAUGGUUCCAAAAACACCAAGAUCGCUAUUUAUUGGGAGCUCCAACUGAAGUGUGGUGCAGAAAUCUAUAUGACGAUGAUGGCCCUGCCAGCUUCAUCCCUGUCCAAAGAAUUAUUUCCAAAUUUAUCCCAGCAUUUGAACUAAUCAAGGGCGAGCGUGUGCUAGUAGUGUGCCCUCUACCAAGGAAACUGGUAUGCUAAUGAAAGCUUAGAUAAUUAGGCAGGCAUUAGGGAAAAGUUUUUUUGCUUUCCCUUGAGCAAUUGUAGGUUAAAAAAUUGAAUUACAAUUAGUGUUUAUAGAAACGUCACAGGGGCGGCGGACGGGGAGGUGCAGGGGGGUCGCCAGCCUCCCCCACUUUUGAAAGUGAGGGGGCAGCACCCCCCCACUUUUCAGAACGGAUGUUUCUUUGUGUAUGAACGGUUUUUUUUUAAACCAAAGGGUUUCAAGCGGUACAUAUGCAACCAACAACAAAUUUGUUGAACAGUUUAAAAUCCCAUGCAUAAAAAACUUAGGUUACCCCCCGCGUUCUUAUAAAUAGUGCUUAAGAAUUUUAAACCACUUCCCUUCCCUCCCCUCUUGAAACCACCAACCCCCCCCAACUUUCGCCCCCCCUUCCCACUUAUGGGACCACUCCGCCGCCCCUGCGUCAGGAAAUAGGACACCCUGCACAGUAAUAUGGAAGUAUAUAAAACACCAGGAUUGAUGAAUUCAUAAGUAAAUCUUAGUCAAUUUUAUAUAUAGCCAUUGACAAAAUCUGCAAUUUUCUGACAUUUGCAAGAACAUAUUAUUAUUUUGCUCUGAAUAAGUGGCACAGACAGCAAUCCAUUACUUUAAAUAUGUCGGCUUAGCUUGGGUUCCCUGUGAUAGCAGUAUUUUUUUUUACAUGAGAAAUACAAAUGGAAGUGCAUUAUUCUUUAUAUUCCAUGUCUCAAUUGCUUAAAACAUGAGGAUAUGAGUAUGUGGCUCCUGCCUUUGUUGUGCCAUUUAAAUGCCUUCAUAAAUGCAGUCAACAAUCAUUUCAGUCUCAAAAUGAUUUAUUUUAAUCACAAGAAGCCCAACAUAUAAUGUAAAUAUACAAGAAAUUUAUAGAUCCUGGUUUUAUAGGUAAGCUAAUAAAAUGGUGAACUUCAGUUCCCUUAGAAAGA